UCACACCGUGAUCGGUAAACUUUGAAAAGAAACGAGAGUGAACGAAGAAGUUUGUGGACACGCUUUUUAACGGUCAUUUCAACAUGGGUUUACUUCUAUAAUGGACGGAAUAGAGAACCCAUAUAUUUACACGUCAUAACCACGGCAUCGUCCCCGUCUAUGACUGCAGGCAUGGCCCUGUUCAAGCAGCAGACAGUGGAGGAUUUCUACGAGAUCGGAGAGGAAUUAGGAAGCGGUCAGUUUGCCAUCGUGAAGCGUUGCUGGGAGAAGAGCACAGGUCUGGAGUUCGCCGCUAAGUUCAUCAAGAAACGACAGAGCAGAUCCAGCCGGCGGGGGGUCAGGAGGGAGGAGAUAGAGAGAGAGGUCAACAUCCUACAGCAGACACAGCACGCCAACAUAGUCACCUUCCACGAUGUCUACGAGAACCUCACUGACGUGGUGCUCGUCCUGGAGCUGUGAGUCACACCA